AUGAUUAUUUCUGAAUAUAUCGAGUUGUUACGAGAUCCUUUGAAUUCUAUAGCACCACCACCUGAAGAGGUUCCACCGGAAGAAGCAGCACCACCUGCAGAGGGUGCACCACCAGCGGAAGGAGCACCUGUCGUUGAGGGAGCUAUAACUGCUGAAACAGCGGCACCAGUAGAAGGCGCACCUCCCGCAGAAGGGGCUACACCUGCCGAAGGCGCUCCACCUGCAGAAGGUGCACCUCCAGUAGAAGGUGCUACACCCGCCGAAGGUGCACCUCCAGCCGAGGGCGCACCUCCAGCAGAAGGAGCCCCACCAGCGGAAGGAGCUCCACCAGCAGAAGGAGCACCUCCUGCAGAGGGAGCUCCACCAGCUGAAGGAGCUCCACCGGCGGAAGGUGCUCCACCAGCGGAAGGAGCCCCACCAGCGGAAGGUGCUCCACCAGCAGAAGGUGCUCCACCAGCGGAAGGAGCCCCACCAGCAGAAGGUGCUCCAGCUGCUGCCCCAGCGGAAGGCGCUCCACCAGCAGAAGGUGCGCCAGCGGCUGAAGGAGCUCCAGCUGCACCACCACCAACCCCAGCAGCAGAAGGUGCACCAGACGCAGCAGCACCUCCAGCAGAAGCAGCUCCUCCAGCAGAAAGUACAGCAACAGCUGAAGCCGCACAACCCGCAGCUGAAGCUGCACCUGCAGAUGCCACAGCAGCCGCAGCUCCUCCAGCGGAAGGAGCGGCGCCUGCAGCAGAAGCCCCAGCUCCAUCAGCAGAUGCUGCAGCAGCUGAACCUGCACCAGCUGCUGAAGCGCCACCAGCGGAAGCUCCUCCAACGGAAGCACCAGCCGCGGAAGCUGCUGCUUAAAAUCUUUCAAAACCAAAAGACUUCUGAAAUGGGAAUAAAAUGUACGUUUUUUGUGCAGGAACGAUUUCAUAU